CAACCUAAUAGCAAUGGCCUCCAGCCUCAUAGCGAUGGCCUCCAACGUAAUUGUCUUUUUGAACGGUUAAGGCCGUGAGGUGAGCUUAAGAAGCUACCACCGAUCGGACGCAGAAGGGCUCAGGCAUCAAGGAAGUUCAGGAGGAUGUGGAGGGCUUGGCCAUUUUUGGGGCAGAGCGAGGCCGAGCUGGCACAGAGCUCAAGGUCAUGGGUGCUGUGGAGACAAAGAUCCCACAGUUCUUCACUCGGGCUGUCGAUACAAUGCCUUUGCCCGGAGACGAACUGUCUUUUGCGCUCGGAAAGGAGACUGCUCGGGCCAGUGGUUGCAUCCUCGAAUAUGUAGGCAAUGUGGCUUACAUGGCUGGUACGUUAGAGGAACGCCUUCGUGCGAGGGAUUACCUGACGUGGCUGACCUGGCAACGUACGGGUUCAGUUACCAUCGAGACAGCUGGACGCAACGACGUGCGCGAGAUGGAGGUGCCGGAAGAGAUGAGAGGAAUGAUCAAAGCAGCAUCUUUGCGCGAAGUGGAGAAGGAAUCAGGCACUUUCUGCUUCUUCCAGGGUGACAGCAACUCUGAGAUUUUGCUGAUUUGUGGUCAUCGAGAAGAGGGAAGAGCCUAUGCUGAAGAGCUGCUUAUGGAUAUCAUCAUGAAAGGUUCAGUGCAGCGGCCAACACCGCAAAGAGCGCAAAAGGCCCCGCGUCAGCGACGGCCACGACCACGGCGCCAACGGAUAUUCCCCGAGCCGCAGAACAGCAGUUCCGAAGAGUCCGAGUCAGAGGCAUCUUCGACAGGUAGCGGUCAAUCCAGUCUUGUCUACGAGUCGGCGCCUCCAGCAAGACGCCCCCCUCCGCCCUCUACCACACCGCCACCACCACCUCGAGCCAAGGGGUGGGUGACUGGUCCACGAAUCCGUCAGUGGGCCUCGCAGGACAACAGUGAUUCUGACGACGAGAUCGUUCCAUACUGGUAGGCCUUAGGUAGAUCAUUUUGUGUAAAUACUCGUUUGCAGCUGAUCUACUUCAUGAUCAUUGGCCGUGACAGGAGUCACAAGUGUGGGCCAAUUUGUCAACAGCCCAACUUCAUCACCGGAUUGCCAGAUUCGACUUGAGGGAAGCCUUUGGCGCAGCCAAAUGUAACUGGCGUCUUGAAGGAGCUUAGUUGUGGUGUCAGUGCAGGAUGCCUGGGCAGUCAGCAUUAAGGAGAGCCAAACGGAAC